UUUCCUUUUUCUAAUAGUGUGUUCAUAAAACGGCAACGUUUUGAGGCUGAAGAGAACCCCUUCUGAGUGUCUAUCGUGACAGUUUCCACUCCGGUGUCAUAUAGAUUUGACACAGAGAGGAAUUACCUUUCUUUAUUAUCUUUUUAAAGAGAAGAAGGAAAACCAGAGAGUCAGAACGGAGAACCAAUGAAGAUAGUAACUUACAACGUUAAUGGACUUAGACAACGAAUCUCACAGUUUGGUUCUCUUUCCAAACUCCUCGAAUCAUUCGAUGCCGACAUUAUUUGCUUUCAGACGAAGUUGAGAAGACAGGAAUUAACAGCUGAUUUGGCCAUGGCUGAUGGGUACGAAUCGUUCUUUUCAUGCACUCGCACUUGUGAAGGACGUACGGGCUAUUCAGGUGUGGCUACGUUUUGCCGCGUGAAGUCGGCGUUUUCAAGCCACGAAGUGGCACUGCCGAUUGCGGCGGAGGAGGGGUUCACUGGUCUUCUCGAGAACUCGAGGGCUGGAAAAGAUGAAGUGCCGGGUAUAGCGAAAGGACUGGAGGAGUUUUCCAAAGACGAGCUUCUCAAGGUUGACAACGAGGGACGGUGUGUUAUCACCGAUCAUGGUCAUUUUGUUGUUUUCAAUGUAUACGGACCGCGAGCUCAAUCUGAUGAUGCUGACAGGAUCCGGUUUAAGCUUAAGUUCUUCGAGAUUUUGCAGAAAAGAUGGGAGUAUCUUCUGGAUAGAGGAAAGAGAAUAUUUGUUGUUGGUGACCUCAACAUUGCUCCUGCUGCCAUAGAUCGGUGUGAUGCUGAACGAGAUUUUGAGAAGAACGAGUUCAGGCAGUGGUUUAGAUCUAUUCUACUGGACCAUGGAGGCUCUUUCUUUGAUGUUUUUAGAGCAAAACAUCCUGACAGAAGAGAAGCAUACACGUGCUGGCCGUCGAAUACUGGAGCUGAACAAUUUAAUUACGGGACAAGAAUUGAUCAUAUUCUCUUUGCAGGAUUAUGUUUACAUCAAGAGAAUGAUCAGAAGGACCAUAAUUUCAUUACUUGCCAUGUUAAUGAAUGUGACAUAUUGACAGAGUAUAAACGGCUGAAACCUGGAAAUGCACAUAGGUGGAAAGGAGGAUGGAAUUCUAAAUUGGAAGGAUCAGACCAUGUUCCUGUAUAUGCUAGUUUGUCGGGAAUCCCUGAUGUUCCAGAACAUAGCACUCCAACUUUAGCUUCCAGAUACCUCCCCAUGAUUCAUGGUCUCCAACAAACACUUGUAUCGGUUUUGAUGAAAAGACAAGUUGCAAAGCAAGUCAAGUCUUUCGAGGUAUCAAGUUUGUCUACAGAUGAAAAUAUAACGGUAAGGAGUUGUAGCGAGAGUGUGAAAAGAUCAUUAGAUGAUGCGUGCUCUGUGUCUAGCAUAGCUCAAGAUGAAUGCUGUCACUUGGAACGAGACUGUGAAGGUGCCACUUCAGAAAUAGAUGGAAAAUCUGGAGGUUACACUACUGAGACUGCUUGUAAAAUCUCACUAACAGCGAGAAGUGAGAAUGUCAAUCCUAUAUCGAGAGAUAUAACCAAGAAAAAAUCAAGAAAAAGUCAAGGGUCCCAGCUCUCUCUGAGAUCUUUCUUCCAGAAAUGUCCAAAUUCUAGCAAUAGUGUUGAUAAGUCUGCUGAUGUUUCUACUGAUCAAGCAGACAACUCUAUGGCCGAUCAUCAAUUCAUCAAAACACCUGUCGCGGAUGAUGACAACAGCAACUCAAGUCCAUCUGAGUUUAAGUCAACUCUCUCUACACGGUACCAAGACGAACCAGAUGGCGGUUCUUUGAAGGAGAAAAACAAUGUUGCUUUACAAGAGUGGCAAAGAAUACAACAAGUUAUGCAAAAUAGUAUUCCCCUCUGCAAGGGCCAUAAGGAACCUUGCGUUGCUCGGGUAGUGAAGAAACCGGGCCCUACAUUUGGUCGCAGAUUUUAUGUCUGUGCUCGAGCUGAGGGACCUGCAUCUAAUCCCGAAGCUAACUGCGGAUAUUUCAAAUGGGCUUCUUCAACAAUCCGAGAGAAAUGUUGAUCGAUUUUAUUUUGAAAUGUUGUGUUUAUUUUUUUCAACCAUUGCCUCCAAUACUUUGUGUGCGAAGGUGCUAUUUUGGUGUCUUGGAAAUAUCAUGUUUUAAGUAAUUGUCUAAUGUUUCGUAGUGAUUCGUAGUGAUUGUCUAA